ACCAAGCAACUCUCUCUCUCUCUCUUCCUCCUCCAAAGGAAGCGAGGCUCGGUACUGUUGCAGCUGAAGAACAAGCAAAGCCACUCUAUAACCUGUUCUUCUUCUUCUUCUUCUUCUUCUUCUUCUUCUUCCUCUGUUUGUUUCUCUCUCAUUCUCAUUCCCUCUCCCUCUCCCGCCUCCACUAUCCCCAUUCCCGGAUACCUCUCUCCUUUCUUCUUCUGGAUCUCCUUGUUCAUCACCCAAUCGUGGAACGCGGAGGAGAUUUAUUCCCAUGGGACCUUCUUUGCUUCCUUCGCCGUCGCCGGAAAACUGCUCCGUUAAAGUGGCGGUUAACGUGCGCCCGUUGAUCGGAGACGAGAUUGCUCAAGGCUGCAGAGAAUGCGUCACCGUCUCUCCGGGAAUGCCUCAGGUGCAAAUAGGUUCACAUUCGUUCACAUUUGAUCUUGUCUACGGAAGUAGCGGUUCUCCGUCUUCCUCAAUGUUUGAAGAAUGCAUUGCUCCUCUUGUUGAUGGUUUGUUCCAUGGUUACAACGCUACCGUGAUGGCCUAUGGUCAGACAGGAUCUGGCAAAACAUACACCAUGGGGACUGCCUUUAAAGAUGGUAAUCAAUGUGGAUUGAUUCCUCAAGCUAUGAAUGCUCUGUUCAGCAAGAUUGAUACAGUGAAGCAUCAAACGGAGUUCCAGCUCCAUGUUUCUUUCAUCGAGAUUCUGAAAGAAGAAGUGAGGGACUUGCUGGAUGGUGUGCGUGCUAACAAACUGGCCAAUGGACAAUCUGGAAAGAUUGUUUCUGGGAAGUCUACUGUACAAAUUCGUGAAUCAUCUGAUGGAGUAAUUACAUUAUCUGGAGCAACUGAACUUUCUGUAACUACUCGAGAAGAAAUGGCUGCCUGUCUGGAGCAAGGGUCUCUGACCCGGGCAACUGGGAGAACAAAUAUGAAUAAUCAAUCAAGUCGGUCCCAUGCCAUCUUCACAAUCACCUUAGAACAGAUGCGUAAAGUCCAUUCAGUCUCUCCUGAUAAUGACAACGUGGAUGAGGAUAUGGGUGAAGAAUAUUUCUGUGCCAAGCUUCAUUUGGUAGAUCUUGCUGGAUCUGAAAGAGCUAAAAGGACAGGUUCAAAUGGUGCUCGUUUGAAAGAAGGAAUCCACAUUAAUAAGGGGCUUCUUGCACUUGGUAAUGUCAUCAGUGCACUUGGGGAUGACAAAAAGCGGAAAGAAAGUGCUCAUGUUCCAUACCGUGAUAGCAAACUGACACGUCUAUUGCAGGAUUCUCUUGGUGGAAAUAGCAAAACAGUCAUGAUAGCUUGCAUCAGUCCUGCUGAUGUCAAUGCUGAAGAAACUCUGAACACGCUCAAAUAUGCAAAUCGUGCUCGGAAUAUUCAGAAUAAACUUGUUGCCAAUAAAGAUGUAAUAUCUAGUGAGAUGCAAAAGUUGCGUCAACAGCUACAAUAUUUACAGGCUGCACUUUGUUCUCGUGGGGAAGCCACAUCAGAUGAAGUGCAGGUCCUCCGUGAAAGAAUUAUGAGACUGGAGACUGCCAAUGAGGAGCUUUCUCGAGAACUUCACAUAUAUCGCAGCAAACAAGCUACUAUUGGGUAUUGUGAUAUUGAUGCACAGGAAAGUGGCAUUGUUUUUGUGAAAGAUGAUGGGCUCAAAAGGGGCUUCCAGAGUAUGGGUUCAUUGGAUUAUGAAAUGAGUGAAGCAACAUCAGGUGAAAAUUCCGGAGAUAUUGCUGCAGCAGCAAAAGAGUGGGAACAUGCAGUUAGACAGAAUAGUAUGGAUCAAGAAUUAAGCGAACUAAAUAAACGUCUGGAGCAGAAAGAGUCUGCGAUAAAAGUAUAUGGAGGAGUUGGAACUGAAGCUGUCAAGGAACACUUCGAGAAGAAAAUAAUGGAACUUGAGAAAGAGAAAAGAGUUGUGCAGAUGGAGAGAGAUCGAUUGUUGACUGAAGUUGAGGCAUUUGCUGCUAGUUCUGAUAGGCGAGCAUUUAGCGCACGAGAUAAUCAUGCACAAAAACUAAAAGCACUUGAGGCACAGAUUUUAGAUCUCAAGAAGAAACAAGAAAACCGAGUUGAGCUUUUGAAACAAAAACAAAAAAGUGAAGAGGCAGCGAAACAUUUGCAAGCUGAUAUACAAUGGAUUAAGGCUCAAAAGGUUCAAUUGCAACAGAAGAUGAAACAGGAAGCUGAACAAUUUCGACAUUGGAAAGCCUCUCGGGAGAAAGAAUUGCUGCAGCUCAAGAAAGAAGGCAGAAGGACUGAACAUGAAAGACUCAAACUGGAAGCCCUAAAUCGCCGUCAGAAAAUGGUUCUUCAGAGAAAAACGGAGGAAGCAGCUUUGGCUACCAAGAAACUUAAAGAACUGUUGGAAGCCCGCAAGUCAUCACCACGUGGUAUUUCAGUGAAUGCCAAUGGUCAACAACCUAAUGGACAGAUGGAUGACAAAAAUCUGCAGAACUGGCUUGAUAAUGAACUAGAAGUUAUGGUAAAAAUACAUCAAGUUCGUCUUCAGUACGAGAAGCAAGCGCAAGUACGAACUGCUUUGGCUGAAGAGUUAGCUGCUUUGAAACAAGAGAUGGAGUUUGCCUCAAGCAUGCCGAGUCCUCAUCGGCUGAAAAGCAUACAAACUAGAUUUUCGUCAUCGAACACAAGAUUGGAGAGAAUAGCUUCUCUUGAGAACAUGCUGGAAGUGUCAUCAAAUGCUCUCACAGCCAUGGGCUCUCAACUCUCAGAAGCAGAAGAAAAGGAACAUGGAGUGAAUGCUCGGACACGGUGGAAACAAGUUCAGUCCAUGGCAAAUGCUAAGUUUCUGCUUCAAUAUAUAUUUAAUGCUGCUGCGGAAGCAAGAUGCAAAGUUUGGGAGAAGGAUAAAGACAUCAAAGAGAUGGAGGACCAAUUGAACGAACUGAACGGUCUGUUGAGACUAAGCGAAGUCCAGAGAAGAGAGAUCCUUAGAGAGCAAAAGAUGAGAGAGCAAACAGUGUCGAUUGCACUGGCCACAUCAUCUUCUUCGCAGGGGAGUUCAUACUGCUCAUCGAGACGCUAUGCGGAUGACAGUAGCGGCCCACGAUCUCCGGCAUCUUUUCCAGCCUCAAAGCACCUAAAAUUUGCGCCAGGCAUUGUCAAUGUCUCUGUCAGAGAAUCAGCAGCUUUCCUUGACCAGACAAGAAAGAUGGUACCGAUGGGAGAGUCAUCAGUGAAGAAAAUGGCGGGGGUUGUAGGACAAAGUGGCAGACUAUGGAGGUGGAAGAGGAGCCAUCACCAGUGGCUGCUCCAGUUUAAAUGGAAAUGGCAGAAGCCGUGGAAACUCUCCGAGUGGAUAAAGCACAGUGACGAGACCAUCAUGAGAUUCAAGCCUCGUACUCACCCACCACUUCAUGUGAUGUGAUGACCAUGACAUCAUCAUCAUCAUCAUCAGUAUUCUCCGCCAUUGAUGAACGGGAGAUUGUUUUGGAUAGAGAUCACACGUUAUUGCUGGUAAGCAAUCAACACCAUGUGCUUUCCUCUGAUACUCACAGGCUAUAUAUAUAUAGAAGGGCGCAGGUGCAGGAACUUUUUUUGUACAUAAGGUUGAAACAGAAAACGGAUCUGAAUGGCGUUUUAUGGGAUGAGAUAUCCAUCAAUUCGAAGGAGCAGCGGUUACUUGUGGAACAAGUUAUCUCCUGGAUCUUGUCUCAUCAUGUGCUCCUGAACACAGUUUUUGGGUAGUUGAUGGGCGACCAGAGAUUAUUGCAUGUUCCCUGUCAAACAGAAUAUAUUAUCGUUGCUGUAUAGAUAGAGAGAUACAGAGAGAAAACCUGCUGAAAAUUGUUCGCAAUGGUUAGGCUCUAGGCCCUCCUAUUACCAGAUGAGGGGGAGAGAAUUUUAUAAAGGUGUAAUUUCAUGGAACAUCUUUAAGAUUUGGGUCCCACAAGGAAA